UCCGGCGCCGUCGCGGUAACGCGGUUCCGCUGCCGCAGUCAGAGGAGCGGCAGACGCGGCGAGGACCGCAGAGGAAGACCGCGCCGGACAGCAGUCGGUGGACGACACAAAUGGCCCCGGUGUCCACGGGGUGAAGAAUGGGCCCCACGCCGUCGCGGCCAUGGCCAGAUCCACCGACAGAAGCGCCGGUGACGCGGGCCCGCGUGGGACGACGCCCACCGCACGCGGGGAGGCGGCGCGCGACCCGUCCGAGCCCCGGGAACUGUCCCUGGAAGAGGUGCUGAAGUCCUACGAGCAGCCCAUCAACGAGGAGCAGGCGUGGGCGGUGUGCUACCAGUGCUGCGGCGGGGCGAGGGGGGGCCCCCGCCCGCCCGCCGGGGGAGUCGUCCGGGCGGAGGACCCGUCCUCCGUCCUCCUGCAGAGGGACGGAACCGUGUCGCUGCGGCGGCGCGACGACGACACCGACGGACCUCCUCCUCCACCUCCACCUGCUGCAGAGCGUCAGCUGGUCCAGUCGCUGGGCGUGGCGAUCUACCGCGCCCUGGACUGGGUGGAUGACAGCGAGGAGCGGGAGCUCAGCCCCCAGCUGGAGCGCCUCAUCGAACGCAUGGCCGGAGGGGAGCAGGGCGGGGAGCAGGUCCGCGCUGCCGGCAGGCUCACCACGGACGAAGGGUACGGCGGCCAGGACGAGGAGGAGGACGAGGAGGACGAGGAGGAGGAGGAGGAGGGAGCGGUGAGGCCGGUGUCCACCUUCCGCCAGGUGACGGCGCUGUGCGCGUCCCGGCUGGCCGACCCCAGCCUGGCGCCGGAACACUACCAGGCCGUCUGCAGGGCUCUGUUUGUGGAGACGCUGGAGCUGCGGACCUUCCUCACCAAGAUCCGGGACGCCAAGGAGAUGCUGAAGAAGAUUACCAAAGAGGAAGGUGUGGAGGACAAGUCCACGGCCGAGCUGGACGCCCUGAAGCACACAGACUGGGCGCGUCUCUGGGUGCAGCUGAUGAAGGAGCUCAGGCAUGGCGUGAAGCUGAAGAAGGUCCAGGAGCAGCCGUUCAACCUGCUGCCCACCGAGUUCAGCUUCACGCCCUUCGAGAUGCUGAUGCAGGACAUUCGCACCCGCAAGUUCCAGCUACGCAAAGUCAUGGUGGACGGGGACAUCCCCACCCGAGUGAAGAGAAACGCCCACGAAUUGAUACUGGAUUUCAUCCGGUCAAGACCUCCUCUCAGACCAGCCUCGGAGCGCUGCCUCCCCCCUCCGCCCCUGCAGCCGCAGUCCCUUCACGAAAAGGUCCUGGCUGGGAUCAAGCAGGAGAGGAAGCUGAGGCCGGUGGUGCCGCCCAGCUCCAGACCAUUCGGCUCUCUGCCCUGCCUGGCUCAGACGUGUCCUUGUGACGUCAAAUCCACGUCGUGCAUCGACCUGUCGCUGUCGGAGCCCCGGCCGCCGUCCCGCCCCCGCAUCCUGCUCAAGGCCCCGACUCUGGCCGAGAUGGAGGAGAUGAACAUCUCGGAGGAGGAGGAGUCCCCAGACUGCGGGGAGCUGAGGAGGACGGAGAGCUCCCCCACCCCUCUGAAAAGAGACCGCUCCUUCUCGGAGCACGACCUGGCCCUGCUGCGCGCCGAGAUGCUCCCCUCGCUCUCCGAUGCGGCCCAGCUGGGGGGGCCGGUCAGGCUGAGGGGGGAGAGGCCUCGGUCCAGGACGCUAACUGGGGCCGGACCGCCCCCUUAUCACAGAGCCUCUUACCCGGUUCAGGGCUGGGUGCCGUCCUCCCCGGCCCGCCUGUCUCUGAGCUCGGUUGACGAGACCACGGAGAGGUCGGACACGCCGUCCGGCUCCAGAGCUGGAGACAUGCACCAGUUGAUGGAGGAGUUUAGUCACCCGGUGGAGAGUCUCGCUUUGACGGUGGAUGAGGUCAUCAACGUGCGCCGAGUUCUGGUCAAAGCGGAGAUGGAGAAGUUUCUUCCGAACAAAGAGCUUUACAAUAACCUGAAGCGAGGCAAGGUUUGCUGCUGCUGCAAGGUGAAAUUCCCUAUCUUCUCAUGGCCAUCUACCUGCUUACUGUGUAAAAGAGCUGUCUGUGGCUCCUGCAGUGCAAAGAUGAAGAUCCCCUCGAAGAAGGUGUCCCACAUUCCUGUGUACACCGUUGGCUUCCACAGCACUCCGAGGAGCCACGGACACAAGAGCCAAGUCUAUAAGUCCCUGCGCAGCCUGUCCCGCCGCUCCGUGGAGGAGGAGUUCCCCCACCUGUACACACACGGCUGCACGCUGCGCGACGUCUGCGCCGAAUGCACCAAGUUCGUCGCCGACGUCAUUUCCUCCAGCCGCCGCAGUCUGGACGUCCUCAACAACACCCCCAAGAGGGAGGCCGCCCCCCAGAGGCCGCAACUGCAACGCCAGUCACACCUCCAGACUUGCCCUCGGCCUCACCCUCAGUGUCACCCCCAGUGUCACCCUCCUCCCUAAUCACGGGGUUGGCACAUGCUUGCGCGCACGCGCACUUUGCUCCCGUGCUACACUGUGUUGCACCAUCAAGCUCUUUAAAUACGCACACACACACACACACACACACACACCCUCUCCUUAACCAGAACGAGGAGUUCUUUAAGGGUUUUAAUGGUGACACACCAGUGAGGACACAAUGGAUGCUCUGCUAUCUAUCUAUGAAGCUUUUGCUGUGGCUGCUUUUUUAGCGAGGAGCUAGAGACGCUUAAACCACCACCCCCCCCCCCGCGGUCGCCUUCUUGUUUGUGUCCUAAAUUGCAUUCAAGAGACAGAAUUUUAAAAUGACAAGCCGGUAAAAGUGUGUGUUUAUUAUAUUGUUAUAUGCUUGUGAGGCCCGCGGGCGGCCGGACGAGGUGCGAGGGCGGCGGCGGCACUGUGAACGUAUCGGGCCGGAGGCUCAAGGCCACAACCAUUUUUUUUAUUUUUGUUCUUCUUUCGUUACCGACGCAGCGCGAUGAUGGCGAUUUUUAAGCAAGCCCGAAAAGGAAGUCCCGCCUCUUUCACUUCUCACGGGCGCUUGCAAUCUGCCUUGGUUUUGUACGCUAAGUAAAGUUCAACUGCAAUAAAAUCUAACAACAAACACCCCC